ACAGCAGAUAAGAUUCAUCACGUCCACACACUCAAAACCUCCAAUGGUGGAUGCAUAGCAAUAGCAAUCAGUCAUCCUGGGUUGGGUUAGCCACAAAAUGGCCAUUCUAUGAACCCAAGGCUUCAAAACCCAUCAUCUUUCUAGUCUUAGCCACCUGCACUUAGCCCCCCAAAAAUGGGCAUGAAUGCUUAUGGCAUAUCUUCAUUUUCACACUCUUCCUGUUACAAUUUCAACACCACCAUUACCACCACUUUCACCACCCAAAAACCCUCCACCAAAUGCCUCACUUACCCUCGAUCCCGAAUUCGAGCCACCAUGACCACUGGUCAAUCCGAAGCCGCACCAUCUGAUCAAGAACCACCUUGCAUCAAUUUCGCUUUCGUGAGUUCGGUGCUGCUACCGGAUGGAACGCCCGACGUACAUUUUAGAAACGCGAGUGGCGGACAAAAACUUAGGGACAUUAUGCUUGAUACUAAUAUCGAGUUAUAUGGACCAUAUGUAAUGCUAUCUACUUUCCAUCCCACAUAUUCAUUUGUGAAUCUUUCUAAUUAUACAUAUUCGAUAACCGAUAACGUAGUUUUUUUAUUUAUGGUAAUUCAGUCUAGACCUUUGUUAAACUGUGCUGGAGGAGGAACCUGUGGCACUUGCAUGGUGGAGGUUAUCGAGGGGAAAGAGUUGCUUAAUCCACGAACGGAUAAAGAGAAGGAGAAGCUCAAUCGGAAUCCCAAGAACUGGAGGCUCGCUUGUCAGACAACCGUGGGGAAACCGGAUUCCAGAGGCUUGGUUGUGAUCCAGCAAUUACCAGAAUGGAAAGGGCAUGAAUGGACACUUGGAAGGGAACCCCCACCAGAAUCUUGAUUUCUUUUCUUAUUUUCUUGAUUUUGUUAUCUUGUAAAUGAUGAGAAUGGUUAUGAUCUUAUUACAUUCUUAAAUGCUACAGAAUCAGUCCAUGUAGUACUCAAAAGUUUCUUCUAGAAACUAGUGGAAGUUUGUUUACUACAACUACUUCUGGGUUUUAUACAAAAGAAUUGUGGAAGGUUUUACGUU